GCUUUCAGACACCAUACUAGAUUGGUUUUGGCAGUUGGAUUUGCAAUUAGAUUAUCUAGAUGUCUCUUAUAAUCAACUAAGCGGCAUGGUACCCAAUUCAUUAAGAUUUAACUUUUCUUCAGUUGUUGAUUUGAGUUCAAACCGCUAUGAGGGCCCACUCCCACUCUGGUCCUCAAACAUUACCAUGCUAUUUCUUAGAGACAAUCUAUUUUCAGGGCCAAUUCCUCAUAACAUUGGUCAAGUGAUGCCCAAUUUGACACAUCUGGACAUUUCUAGGAACUCUUUGAGUGGAAGCAUUCCUCAUUUUUGGAACAAUAUAGCAUCGUUGUACAUUGUAGACAUGUCAAACAACAAUCUCUCUAGUACAAACCCAAGAUCCUUAGGCUCUCUUACUUCACUCAGAGUCUUGUUCCUCUCUAGUAACAACUUUUCAGGUGAAGUUCCUUCCUUGAAAAACUGCACUGACAUGAAGAUUCUUGACCUUGGUGAUAACAAGUUUUCUGGCCUGAUUCCAUCUUUCAUUGGUGAAAGCAUGCUCUCUUUAAAGAUUUUAAGCUUGAGGUCCAACUCAUUUACUGGAAGCAUCCCUAUACAAUUAUGUGGCCUUUCCACUCUCCAUAUAUUGGACUUCUCACACAAUAAUCUUUUCGGAAAUAUUCCCCACUGCAUAGGUAAUUUGAGUGGCUUGAAAUCUGAAUUCACAGACAAAGAUACAAAAGUUUAUGGGCACGAGGGAAGAUUGGAGGUGGUGUCAAAAGGAAGAGUGCUUGAAUAUGACUCCAUCCUUUACCUUGUUAAUAGCAUUGAUCUCUCGGACAAUAACUUGUCAGGAGAGAUACCUAUGAGGAUAACAAGCCUAAUAAAGUUGGGCACCUUAAAUUUGUCCAUGAAUCAUUUGAUAGGAAAUAUCCCAGCAAAUAUCGGAAACUUGGGUUUGUUAGAAACUCUUGAUCUAUCAAUGAACAAACUUUUAGGUUCAAUUCCACAGAGCAUGGUUUCUUUAACAUUUCUGAGUCAUCUGAACUUGUCAUACAAUAACUUGUCCUGGAAAAUUCCAACAGGUAACCAGUUUCAGACCUUUGUUGACCCGUCAAUUUAUGAGGGCAAUGCAGGUCUUAGCGGGUGUCCAUUACCAAUUGGUUGCCAAGACAAUGAAGAAGCACUUCAAAUUCCAAGUGGAGAUGGAGGAGAGGAUGAUGACAGUAAACUUGAAAAGCUACAGUUCGUCAUUAGCAUG